UCUAGCUGCUCCUCUCCUCACCUUUUUUCUUCCAAAUUCUACCUUUUCUUCAAACUCACUAAUUACUUACUCCCCCUCACCCCCUAACACAUUAUAAUAUAUUCUAAUUGGAGCUUCCACAAUAUAAUACUCCUAUUCAAAUGGUUAGUCAAGUGAGGAAGGAUGAAAUUGGACCGGCUUGGUUGAAGCCGCUGCUCAAGGCCAGCUACUUCCAUACUUGCGCACUUCAUGCUGAUUCCAAUAAGAGCGAAUGCAACAUGUAUUGUUUGGAUUGCAUGGGAACUGCUCUUUGCUCUUACUGUUUGAUCAAACACAAAGACCACCGCCUUGUACAAAUAAGAAGAUCGUCGUACCAUAAUGUGGUGAGGGUUAAUGAAAUUCAGAGAUACAUAGACAUAUCUUGCAUUCAAACAUACAUUAUCAAUAGCGCCAAGAUUGUGUUUCUUAAUGAGCGUCCCCAGCCCAGACCGGGCAAGGGUGUUACCAAUACUUGUGAAAUCUGUGCCCGCAGCCUACUCGACUCUUUCAGAUUCUGCUCCCUCGGCUGCAAGCUGAAUGGUAUUAGGCGAGGCGAUGAAGAGCUGACAUUUGCAGUGAAGGCGAAGACUAAUCAAGGGUUUGAAUAUUCGGAUGAAUCAUCGACGACCCCAAAGAAGAAGCAACGCAGGGACGACAGAGUAAUGUUUGGGUUUCGUCAUCUGAAUAUUGAAGAGGGCACUACUAAUUCUGAUGGUGAAGAAGAAGAAGAAGAAGAAGAAGCAGCUAAUUUGCACAUGAUAUACAGUAUGUCUCCGGAUACACCACCAAUCUACAAUCACAGGAACUCCAGCAGGAGGAAAGGCAUUCCCCAUCGUGCCCCUUUCUAAUAAUUAAGGGGUCAUCAAACUAAAACAGGGCUCUGUCCAACACACACACACAUAUAGUUCCUAACUAUAUACAUACAUACAAGCAUGUGCAUUAGGUAGAACGAACAAAGUAGGAGUAUGUUGCCGUUAGCACUUAGCUAGCUAUUUAUGUUAUGCUUGUACAGGGAUCUAUGUUUUAAUGAAUCCUUUUGUAUAUGUUAA